GCAGAAGGUUUGCCAGCAGUAUAGCAUCUCUGCCUCCUUGCCCCCCAGCUGAGCCUAUUGCUGCACUCUGUACCCUAGAAAUCACAUCUGGAAGAGAUUUACACUCCCCUUCCUUCUAUCUAGGUUUCUAUUAUACAAGCCAGGUCAGCAUCCCUAAUUCCUUGACCAUGCUUCUGGCUACUUCUGUGUAAUCUGACAAGACCUGACAUGGAAGGCAACUGGAGAAUAGAAAUAGUCAUCUGUUAAAGAUCCAAUGUGAUGUGUGCAUGUUAGACAGAAAUAUUUAUUUUAGUUACACAACUGCUGUGCUGUGUGCUGGAGCAGCAAGAUUUGUCUUGUUUCCUUCCUGAAUGUUCACAGGUUAUUUGGCAUUCCCUUGAGCUAUAAAUUACAGCCAUAAGCUUGUUUGUUUAAAAGUAGGCUGGAGUAGGAAAACGAUACACGCACACCCUGAAAAAGAAGGGAGACUUAUUUCUACGUCAGCCCGUUAAAGCAGCCCAUUUCAACUUUCUCUUGCGUGGAGAACUAAGUUUCUCUAAGGAGCUCACUCUCUGCUUUGCUAUGAAGACGGCCACAAUCUUUUUCGUAAUUUUUAUCAGUUUCAUGGGAGGCUUAGGAAAAAAUCCAAGGCCAAAGAAAAGGAGCAACAGUGACGAAAUAAAUUUUUAUACUAAAGUGAAAGAUGCCUGCACGAUGAAUAUGAGUGGAAAUGGCGAAGUGAAACUCAGAAUAGAAUGCAGGAGUCAAGGCAAAAUUUACUGGUGUGAAUAUACUGGGAAUCCAUCACUUUGUCGUUCUUUUAAUAACAACCCAAGGAUUUAUUGGAAUCAGAUUGCCAUGGACCGAAGGAAACAGACCAAUGCCUGCCAGCCCAAUGUGGUUUUGAAGCCUUCCAUGUGCCAGAGGGCUCCUCCUGAAGCUCACAUGAAGCAAGUGGCUUCCAGCAUAAAGCCAAACCCAGAUACUGUCAGUCAAGCAAAGGCAGUCCCGAACCCCGCAACUUCUCCAAAGCAAGUUAAAAAAAGCCAGGCAGGAAAAGCCUUACUUAAAAAAACAGGGAAACCCAAACCAUCUCCUUUGCCUCCUACAAAAGCAACCCAAGAAGGUCAGAUGUCUGGAAACGAUUCUGAAGCUAUGAAGUUAGCGCAGAAGCAUUGCUGGGAGUCCCUGCACGACAUCUGUUCCUACAUCAUCAGCAUCUUUAGAGGCUGAGGAGGAAAAGGGCAAAAGCCUUACAGUUGCUGAGCUCCCGACAUCAUUACUUUUUUCAGCUGGGUUUAUAUAAACCACAUUACUUUUUUUUCCAGCUGUUCUUUUUCCCCUGUAUCUCUGAGUAUUUUAAACUACAGCCCCAAAGAUCUCCAGGAGGAGAUAGCUACGAGUCAUAUAGCAGAUGCCAAUUUAAUGACAUUGUGCUCUAAAUUGUACUAUGUUAAGCACACUAAUGGCCCGCUGAACACCAGGCUAUAAAUAUUGUUCGAGUUUGUACAACUAAUUAAAAAAAAUCCAUGUGUGUUUACUGAAAUUGCAUAAUAUGGGCUAAGAAAGUCAAUUUCCAUUUAGACGAGUCUGUUAAUUGAAGUGGCAGAAAAUGUAAUUUAAGGUGCAGUUGUAAGCAUGUUGAUAAAGCUAUUGCUGGUGCACACUCUGUCCUUACCCCAAUAUAUCAAUGUGGAUGACAUUUGGAUUCUAUUGAAGGCAGUAGUUUUGGCCCCACACCCCUAAGAACCUCUUCAUAUGGUGAAACUGAGCAUCUUAUUCCUAUG